AUGAAAUUAAUUACAAGAACGAGCAAUAGAGAAAAAGGUAAAGAAUUGCCUAGUGCUCCUACUGAAUUGGUUGAUUUAUCUGUAUUUGAUGGUGUACCCGCUAAGAAAGAAGACGAGGGUCGGAAAUUGGAUACGUUUAGAUUGCCUGGUGCUCCUCUGUUUCUUCCUGAUGAGCCUACGUUUACAAACGAAGCCAAUCGAUUUCCACAGACUCUCUUAUUUUUGGACGACGACUCCUUAGCAGAUGCUGAAGAUGAAAAAGCUAUUGGUGGUUAUGCUGAUGUCAGUUUACCUGGAGUUCCUCAUUUUCCACCUGAAGAUAGCGACAGCAAAAGCAAGGUCGGGAGCACCCAAAUACUUGCCACAUGA